AAUGUCAUUGUGAAAUUAUUAUUCUUUUCACAUAUAAAGUGACUUUCUCUCCGAAAAGGUGACAUUAGUAGCUCUACCUGUAAAUUGAAAAGUUUAACGAAAAGGACCAUGUCUACCUUUGGCGCUGAAGUGGAUCAGGUUUGGCCAUCGGUCACCGGUGGUUCCCCGCCUCUGACUGCUUACGGACGCAAAUUGCUGAAGGAUUGCCGGCAGGUGCAGAAGCCAAUCGGAGGAUACCAUGAUUUGAGCGAUGUGAUGAAGAUGUCCGAGAUGUUUCCGCUGGAGUUCGGCGUGAACAGUGUCAAAGUAUAUCGUCAAUCUCCAUCGCGACUUGCCCGUAUAAAUGAUCAGGUUUCAUCCACCUAUCCAGUGAUACACGAACGUACAUUGGGCCUUUACUUGCAGUACUUGGAGCACAAGUGUCGUUGGGGCAACGCUGUGGAAAGGCCCAUCUACUUCAACUUAUCGCUAUGCGGAUUUGUGCAUCGCCUGCUGGGAAAGCGCUGCGCCAGCUUCUUUGCCCAGAACGACAAUUACUUGCUGCUGAACGGAGAGUCCGGGGCCAGUGGCUUCGAAGCCGUGGGUACUCGGGAGGAGAAGGCGCCUCUGGUGCUGGCCAACGUGCUCAGCUACGACGAUAUCAAGCUCUCCGCUCUGCUUUCCGUGAGCUCACGCACGGAGUUUCUAAAUGAGGGCGAGCGCAACAAUUGCGGUCGCGUUGAUGAGCACACCAAAACUUUGCAACGCCGCGGGGUUAUUGUGGGCAUGAUUGGAGCCCGUCUGUCGCGGCGUAAUCUAAUGGAGUUCCAGGACAUUGUAAUCGCACGUCAGCAGAACACGCGUGAAAGGGGCUACGGAAUGGCGUUGGGUGAGCCGGCUACAACGCGGGAAGAGGACUAUCGACGACUAUGGCGCGAGUUCUAUGCCACGCCGGAUCUCAUCCACGGCCAGGCGGUCAUCGACAAUCAGCGUUUCGGACCAUCAAAAAACAAGAUGGACGUCUUUGACAAUCUGGUGAUGAAGCGUCGUUACGCCAUCAGCUUCGACUUGCUGCUGCUGGAGACACAGGAAAGGGCUAAACGCAUGAAAAAGUUGGCGUACCUCCAUGUCGUGGGCUUCGGCUUGGGCGUGUGGAAGGCAGCAGAGCAGCAGGAGCGCAUCUUCAUGGAGACCUUCGAGCAGCGUAUGCGCACGCUGGGCAACAGGCUCAAUAACGUUGGCCUCGUCCACUUCUCCUGGUUUUCGAUCACCGACUGCGGCGGUCUAAGCAACGGAUCGCUGAUAGAGAUUCCCGGGCAUCCAAAGGACGGCAUCAGGGUACUCAUUUCCAAACGCAAUCCAGCACGAAAGUUGACUGAUCCUGAGCACGCCAAGAUGCUGCUGGUAGUCUCCUACGCUUGGGAUGGAAACGCCCUGCCGGGCAACGAAUUCUGGAUGAAAAUGCUGAAGUCCACAGGUGACUCCUCGACGGCCUGCUCCACGUUGGUGGCCGAGCUGCACAAUCCGUACAUUAACCCGAAAUUCUGCAAUGGAGGAAACCUGCACAUCGCCUCACCGGAACACGGGGUGCUCCACAUAGCCGAAUAUGCCAAUCUGGUGAUUCGGAGCGAGAAUCACGACUAAUAGCAUACGUGAAUCUGCCUGCUAUCUAAUCUUAUCUAAUCGUAGCUACUGUUUUAUUCCACACUUUGCUGUAGGUCAAUUCCAUGACCUUUUGACGCAAGCAUGACAAUUCCACAAAAAAAAAAGGACUUUAUAUUAUAUUCGAUUUUAUAAGACGAUCUGCACCAUUUUAAACCAAUUCCAAUUGAUUGAAUUGUAAAAAAAACCAUGAAAAUGCCUUGACAACGAGACAAAUAGGUAAUAGAAUUGAGAAUUUUGGUUAAACCAUUUUUAUGUAAGCCGUGUAAAUACAUGUGAAUAAAUGCAGAGCAGUUCCUUAUGCCAAACUA